AUGGGCGUGCAGGUGCAGAGGACGUUCGUCGUGCCCCCGGCGGCCGCGCCCUCCGAGGAGGUGCCGCUCACCGUCUUCGACCUCGCCGCGCCGACCUACCACGUCACGGUGCUCUUCGCCUUCUCGCCGCCCAACCCGACCAACCAGGCCCUCCUCGACGCCCUCUCCGCCACGCUCCCGCGCUUCCCGCUCCUCACCGCCGCCAUGCGCCUCGACCGCCGGGACGGCGCGCGCCCGUGCUUCGUCACGGGGAAGGGCGACGCGGGCGCCCUCGUCGUGGAGGCCGAGGUGCCGUCCUCGGCGCUCUCCGACCACCUCCCGCUCGCGCCCUCGCCGGGGCUCGCGCUGCUCCACCCCACGGUCCGUAGAGGCGCCACGCCACACGUGCUCAUGCUCCAGAUCAACCGCUUCGCGUGCGGCGGGGUCGUCAUCGCCUCGUUGUCCCACCACCAGGUCGCCGACGGCCACUCCAUGACCAUGUUCUUCCACGCUUGGGCCGACGCCGUACGCGGCGACGGCCUCGUCGCUGACUGCGCCCCCGUGCCGUACGGCCCCGCGGCCCUCGUGCCGCGCCGCCCGCCCCGCUGCGACUUCGAGCACCGUGGUGCCGAGUUCCUGCCGCUGUCGCCGGCGCCUACGCACGACGACGGACGCGCGAGCAAGCCGCCGGCCGAGGUUGAUCAUCACGUCGACACUUCCGAGAUCACCAACAUGCUCCUUCACUAUACGAGCGAGUUCGUGGCCGAGCUCAAGUGCGCCGCGCACAACAGGUACACGACCUUCGAGACCGUGUCGGCGCACGUCUGGCGGAAGAUCACCGCCGCGCGCGGGCUCGCCGACGGGGGCGACGCGCACACGUCGAUACGCAUCGCGGUGAACGGACGUGGCCGGCUGGCUGGAACGGGCGCCCUACCGGCCGCGGGGUUCUUCGGAAACGUCGUGCUCACGGCGAUUUCCGGGACCCGCGCGGCGGCCCUGGCCACCGGCACCCUCGCCGAUGCCGCGGCGCUGGUCCGCGCAGGGAUCCGCGCCGUCGACGGUGGGUACUUCCAGUCGUUCGUCGACUUCGGGGCGCUGCACGGUGACGAGGAUCUGGAGCCGGCGUGUGCGGACGAGGCCGGCGUGCUGUCGCUGGACGUGGAGGCCGACAGCUGGCUCCACCUGGACCUGCACCGGUUGGACUUUGGGUGCGGCGGGCGGCUCGUCGGAAUCCUGCCGGGGAAGGUCCCGCAGGACGGGGUGGUGGUGCUGAUGCCCAGCCUGCGGAAAGGGGGAGGCAUCGACGUGUUCGUUGCGUUGUGGGAGAAGCACGCCAGGGAGCUCAGCGCCAUUGCUUACACUUAG